CCCCUCCGUCUCGCUCCCUUGUUCUCGCUCAGACCUGCAGCGGAGCCGCGGCGCCGGCUCGGAUCCGUUCGGGCUGUGCCCCGGGAGCCAGCUGCCGAGGCGGGAGGGGCGCUGCCCGGCGUCCUGGGCCCCUCGGCGCUGCUAGGUGUGGAUCCAUGGGGUAGCCCCAUCGCAUCUGCCCCAGCCAGCUCAUGGGCCACCUGGCCUUGCCCAGCCUCAGCACCCGGGCCCAGUGAACAAGAGCCCUGGCUGGAUUCCAAACAUGUGGGGCCUUGUGAGGCUCCUGCUGGCCUGGCUAGGUGGCUGGGGCUGCAUGGGGCGCCUGGCAGCCCCAGUCCCAGCCUGGGCAGGGUCCCAGGGACACCCAGGUCCUGCACUACUGCGGACCCGAAGGAGCUGGGUCUGGAACCAGUUCUUUGUCAUUGAGGAAUAUGCUGGUCCAGAACCUGUCCUUAUUGGCAAGCUGCACUCAGAUGUUGACCGGGGUGAGGGCCGCACCAAGUACCUGCUAACUGGGGAGGGGGCAGGCACUGUAUUUGUGAUUGAUGAGGCCACAGGCAAUAUCCAUGUGACCAAGAGCCUGGACCGGGAGGAAAAGGCACAGUAUGUGCUGCUGGCCCAAGCUGUAGACCGAGCCUCCAACCGGCCCCUGGAGCCCCCAUCAGAGUUCAUCAUCAAAGUGCAGGACAUCAACGACAAUCCACCAGUGUUUCCCCUUGGGCCUUACCAUGCUACAGUGCCCGAGAUGUCUAACGUCGGGACCUCAGUGAUUCAAGUGACUGCUCACGAUGCUGAUGAUCCCAGCUAUGGGAACAGCGCCAAGCUGGUAUACACUGUACUGGAUGGACUACCUUUCUUCUCUGUGGACCCCCAGACUGGAGUGGUGCGUACAGCCAUCCCCAACAUGGACAGGGAGACCCAGGAGGAGUUCUUGGUGGUGAUCCAAGCCAAAGACAUGGGUGGCCACAUGGGGGGGCUGUCGGGCAGCACUACAGUGACAGUCACCCUCAGCGAUGUCAACGACAAUCCUCCCAAGUUCCCUCAGAGUCUAUAUCAGUUCUCUGUAGUGGAGACAGCUGGGCCUGGAACCCUAGUGGGCCGCCUACAGGCCCAGGAUCCAGACCUGGGGGACAACGCCCUCAUGGCAUACAGCAUCCUGGAUGGGGAAGGGUCGGAAGCCUUCAGCAUCAGCACAGACUCCCAGGGUCAAGAUGGGCUCCUUACUGUCCGGAAGCCCCUAGACUUUGAGACCCGUCGCUCCUACUCCUUCCGUGUGGAAGCCACCAACACGCUCAUCGACCCAGCCUACCUGAGGCGAGGUCCCUUCAAGGAUGUGGCCUCCAUACGAGUGACUGUGCAGGAUGCCCCAGAGCCACCUGCCUUCGCUCAGGCCACCUAUCACCUGAUAGUACCCGAGAACAAAGCUCCUGGGACCCUGGUGGGCCAGAUCUCAGCCAGUGACCUGGACUCCCCAGCCAGCCCGAUCAGAUACUCCAUCCUCCCCCACUCGGAUCCAGAGCGUUGCUUCUCCAUCGAGCCCGAAGAUGGUACUAUCCGAACAGCAGUGCUCCUGGACCGGGAGGCUCGUGUCUGGCACAACCUUACCGUGCUGGCCACAGAAAUGGAUAGCUCUGCACAAUCCUCCCGUGUACAAGUGGCCAUCCAGACCCUGGAUGAAAAUGACAAUGCUCCCCAGCUCGCUGAGCCCUACGACACCUUUGUGUGUGAUUCUGCAGCUCCUGGCCAGUUGAUUCAGGUCAUCCGAACCCUGGACAGAGAUGAAGUUGGGAACAGUAGCCGGGUCUCCCUUCAAGGUCCUUUGGGCCCUGAUGCCAACUUCACAGUCCAGGAUAACCGAGAUGGCUCUGCCAGCCUGCUGCUGCCUUCCCGCCCUGCGCCUCCCCGCCAGGCCCCCUAUCUGGUUCCUAUAGAACUUUGGGAUUGGGGACAGCCAGCUCUGAGCAGCACUGCCACAGUGACCGUCAGUGUGUGCCGCUGCCGCCCAGAUGGCUCCGUGGCAUCCUGUCGGCCUGAGGCUCAACUGUCACCCACUGGUCUCAGCACUGGUGCCCUGCUUGCCAUUGUCACCUGUAUGGGCACCCUGCUUGCCCUGGUGGUGCUCUUCGUGGCCCUGAGACGGCAGAAGCAGGAAGCACUGAUGGUACUAGAGGAGGAGGACGUCCGCGAGAACAUCAUCACCUACGACGACGAGGGUGGUGGGGAGGAGGACACGGAGGCCUUUGACAUCGCCGCCCUGCAGAACCCCGACGGAGCCGCCCCGCCCGCAGCCGGCCCCCCGGGGCGCCGCGACGUGCUGCCCCGCGGCAGCAGCCCGGGUCCCCAGCCUGCCCCUCAACCCGGCCAGGGCUCCCCUCCUUCCUUGCCCAGGGCACCCUCCGGGCCCGCGGAGCCCCUGGACGACUGGGGCCCGCUCUUCCGCACCCUGGCCGAGCUGUACGGGGCCAAGGAGCCCCCUGGCCCCUGAGCACAGGCCUCUGAGCGAGCCCCCAGGUCCAGGCAGGCGGCAGCAGCCCGGGUCCCCAGCCUGCCCCUCAACCCGGCCAGGGCUCCCCUCCUUCCUUGCCCAGGGCACCCUCACUCUUACCUCCCUCUCCUAAGUCGGUCUGUGUGUCUCUGCUGAGAUCCCCGUCUGUGACUCUCCCACCCACCCCACGGGGCUGGGUCUUCUGACUCUGACCCCGAACCUCAGUUGUCACUGUGGACCCCCCCCCCGUGGCUGUUUUUGUCUCUGUAACUCUAAUUGCUCACAGACUCUGUCUCCCUUACCCACACACAUACAUGCUCUGUGUCUGUCUUCUGCCCACAUGUCCUCCUUUCACUUUGGGUCCCUGUGACUGGUUUUCGGUUUUUUUCUGUUAUCCAUCCCAAAAGCAAGAGAAACUUCCAGCCACUGCUGCCCACCCUACUGCAGAGGAUGCUCUGCUCCAGACCUGCCAGCAUGGUUCCAUCCAUCACUCAUGGCCUCAUCCUGGCUCCACUGGCUCCUAGCAGAAGGAAGGAGGGAGCCAGCCUGCCUCCCAGGGCAAGAGCUUCAGCCCCAUGUGGCCACCUCCCUGGAGCUCUGCCCAGCUGUUGGCCUGCCCUGGGCAUCCGAGCUCUGGGCAUUGCCUUGUGUGCGUCCCAGGCCCCAGAGGGGAAGGGGAGAGAAAAGGGGGAAGCAGCUGGGGAAGGGGAAAAAGGGAGGAACGGGAGGGGCCUCCAUCUCUAAUUUCAUA